CACUGGCAAGUUAAAGAUAGACACAGAAUAUUCAACGUCCCAAGCCAAAGUCUAAGUCCAAAUCCAAUGAGCACCCUCCUCGGUGUCGGUGCUCGAGCUGCUUUUUGGUCCUGCUACUAUUCUGAUUUUGUUUUAUGUAUUAUUUCUUCCUGACGUGGAGUUCUGUGUUAGUUCCAGAUUGCAUUCUCUUUUGUAUGAGUGCUGGAAAUCGCUCAUAGUGCAAACCUGAUCUCUUGACAUGGUCCAAACUAUGGGAAUGAUUGAGGACGGUGGGAAAAGGGCGAAUAACAUGGCCGACAAAAGGCAGUUGUUUGCAGAAAUGCGGGCUCAAGAUCUGGAUCGUAUUCGUCUGUCUACAUACCGAACGGCAUGUAAGAUUCGAUUUGUACAGAAGAAAUGUAACUUGCACCUAGUAGAUAUAUGGAAUGUUAUAGAAGCCCUUCGGGAAAACUCAUUGAACAACCUUGACCCCAACGUUGAGCUGAAUGUGGCGCGGUUGGAAGCUGUGUUAUCCACGAUAUUUUACCAACUCAAUAAGAGAAUGCCGACCACUCACCAGAUCAGCGUGGAACAGUCCAUCAGCCUGUUGUUAAAUUUUCUGUUGGCUGCCUAUGAUCCAGAAGGACAUGGUAAAAUAACAGUCUUCGCUGUCAAAAUGGCUUUGUCCACACUGUGUGGAGGGAAAAUAAUGGACAAGCUUAGAUAUAUAUUCUCCUUGAUCUCAGAAUCAAGUGGGGUAAUGGUUUAUGGAAAAUAUGACCUGUUUCUUAGGGAGGUGCUCAAACUGCCAACUGCUGUGUUUGAAGGUCCUUCAUUUGGCUAUACGGAGCAAUCUGCAAAAUCUUGUUUCUCACAGCAGAAAAAGGUUACCUUAAAUUCUUUCUUGGAUACACUUAUGUCUGACCCACCACCUCAGUGUCUUGUCUGGUUACCUCUCCUGCACCGACUGGCGAAUGUAGAAAAUGUCUUCCACCCAGUUGAGUGUUCCUAUUGCCACAAUGAGAGCAUGAUGGGUUUCCGCUAUCGCUGCCAGCAGUGUCACAAUUACCAGCUCUGUCAGGAUUGCUUUUGGAGGGGACAUGCCAGUGGUUCCCAUAGCAACCAGCACCAAAUGAAAGAGUACACAUCAUGGAAAUCUCCAGCAAAGAAGCUUACUAAUGCACUUAGCAAGUCUUUAAGCUGUGCUUCUAGUCGCGAGCCUCUGCACCCAAUGUUUCCUGAUCAACCGGAGAAGACUCUAAACCUGGCUCACAUUGUGGACACUUGGCCUCCCAGACCUGUUACCAGCAUGAAUGACACAGUCUUCUCCCACUCUGUUCCCUCAGGAAGCCACUUUUCAAACACAAUGUUACCUGACACUGUAAACCUAACUAAUCCUGUGACAGACGAGCAUUCACUGAUAAAGCUGUAUGUAAGCCAACUGCAGAGCAUUCCACGGUCUUCCCAAAAGACUCCUGAAAUAGUACAGAGCCGACAGCUGGCUAAGGCAGCUCCAGUGCUGCUGAAAGGAAAGGGGUUACAGUACAGCCUGGAUGUGGCAGACAGGCUGGCUGAUGAACAUGUUCUCAUCGGGGUAUAUGCCAACAUGAUCCAGAACAACCUUUCACGAAUGCUCGACAGUCCUAGCCGCCUAGAUGAAGAACACAGAUUGAUCGCCAGAUAUGCAGCAAGGCUGGCAGCUGAGACCUCUUCAUCACAGCCUCAACAGAGGGGCCCAGAUAUCUCUUUCACUAUUGAUGCAAAUAAACAGCAGAGGCAGCUUAUCGCAGAGCUGGAGAACAAGAACAGAGAAAUCUUGCAGGAAAUACAAAGGUUGCGAAUUGAACAUGAACAGGCCUCUCAGCCCACACCAGAAAAAGCCCAGCAGAAUCCCACUCUGUUAGCGGAGCUCCGACUGCUCAGACAGCGCAAAGAUGAACUCGAGCAGAGGAUGUCUGCCUUGCAGGAGAGCAGAAGGGAGCUGAUGGUACAGCUUGAAAGCCUCAUGAAACUGCUGAAGGAACAAGAAAUGGGACAUGCUACUCAGGGGGCAGGUUCCCCUCGCUCUUCUCCCAGUCACACCAUCAGCCGGCCUAUCCCAAUGCCUAUUAGAUCCGCAUCUGCCUGUUCCACCCCUACUCACACUCCUCAGGACUCCCUGACUGGUGUUGGCGGUGAUGUGCAGGAAGCAUUUGCUCAGGGUGCGAGAAGAAAUCUGAGGAAUGACUUGUUAGUGGCGGCUGACUCCAUCACUAAUACUAUGUCUUCUCUGGUGAAGGAGCUGAAAUCGGAUGUGGGGAAUGAGGGAGAAAGCAGUGUGGAGACAGACUAUGGAAGGGUUCACUUUGAUGAUCUGGUUCCAUCCCCAACUUCAGAGAAAGCCUUUCUUGCCCAGAUCCAUGCCAGAAAACCAGCAUACAACCAUAAUAAUUCUGCUACUGGCAAUAUUCGCGCUGACAUGGGGACUGAAGACCCAUAUAACAGGCAGGAUGAUGAAACCUAUGAGAAUGACUCUGUACGCCAACUAGAAAAUGAGCUGAAAAUGGAAGAGUAUCUGAAACAGAAGUUACAGGAUGAAGCUUACCAGGUCAGUUUGCAAGGCUGAAUGCAUUGUUCUUUUACCUUCCCCUCUUAAAUAACCAGAAGUACAGAGAAGAUGCACAAGGCUUGAGAAGCACUGGUCGAUAUUCACCCAUCAAAACGGCAUGGAUAAUGCAGGUUUACCUGCUGCAUCUUCUGGUACAAGGAUCAACAUCAGAGCCCCACCGAAUGUAGCACAGUACAUUUGUAUUCAAAUUUGUAGUUUGUAGGUGUGUGUUAAUACAGAAAAUGUUCUUUUAACCUAAAGUAUACCGUAAUUUCGCUGGCAAAGAAAAAAAAAACAUGGCACUAGCAUUUGCACAUUCUGUUCAACACAAGUUUACAAAAUGCAUAGUUAUACAUUAAAGUCCAAGAAGAAAGUUUACUGAUUGCUGAUCUCUCCCUCCCUGCCCAGGGGAAGGGGGCAGUAAGUAUUCAGACAAGUCACUGCAGAAUAGCUUGCUCAUGGACUACACACAUACAUACACACACAUCUGAAUUUAUCAGCCAGGUGUAUGCAAAUCUCUUCUCUGUCACUGGCCAAACAAUCAGAGGAGAGCCUAUCUACCGCCACAUAGUGGUGACCAUAAAAAGCCAAUGAUUUGUGGAAUUUCUGUUCACCGACAGCUGUUACUACUAGAAGUCUGAGUGCCUUAGUUCUACCUGAACCUGCUCAGCCACUUAUCUAGUAGCAUUAUCUAGGCAAGCAGCGCUCCUGCUUUGGUAGCCAAUGUUCAAUGGAACUUCUUGCUGCAAAAAGGCACAGCUGGGAACCCUUCUAAGAAUGGCUUUCUAGAUCAACGUGCAUUGAUGGAACAAAUGCAGCUAGAAUCCUGGAUACUUCAACUUGCAAUGUGCGCUGAAAGCCAUUUCCAAGCUAAUUAUUCCUAAAGGCAGCACUUUUUUAUCGAUCGCCUUUUUGGCGGGAUGGGACUGUAAUCCUGGAUAUGAUCUUGCUGUAACCUUUUUAUGGCAAUAAGGCACUAAAACCCCUACAGGAAGCCGUUCCACCCAGUGCUUUAACACUAUUUCAGUCACUGGAUAUAAUUGGAUGCAUUUUAGAAGAUUAUUUUUAUUAGUUUAGAGAAGUUAUAGAGAUUUACUUGUGCAAAGUUAAUUUAAGAUUAAAAAAAUAAAGUUUUAAUUUAGGGCUAAUUGUAUAAUUUUGUAUUAUUGGUUUCCUUCAAGAUCUCAUAAAUCAGCCAUACAGGUUUUUAGUGUAAAUAUCUAUAUAAAUAUAUAUAUAUUUUUCAUUUUCAAUAGAGAUACAAUCAUAUACAGAAGAAACGGACAGAUUAUACAAUGUUUUAGAUGAUUUAGAAUCUAGUUUUGCAAUCCACACAGAUGUUAUAAAAACUGUGAACUAUGUUUUAAGUUGGUCAUUAUUCAUCCCCUCCCUGCCAUGGGGUAUUGCAGCGUUCAUUUGGUUUUUGCAGUGCACUGCAUACCCUUCUUUGGCGGCCGAAGGGAUAAAGCUGUUUAUAAACCACAGGUGCCAUAAUAACCCAAACUAACGGAAACUUUAUUCAUGACUUAAUUUUCACAAUGCUUUUGCCUCCUUUUAUUUUGUUUUAUUUGCACAUGUAAGAUAUUCUUUUGAGUUUAGGUACUAUUGUGUGCUUUUAUUUCCAUUUGAGGCCUUUUGUGUUUCAUAUUACUGUAUGCUUGCUAAUAAAAUGAACCUGUCUCCUGCAUACACACUUUUACACCAUUUCACUGGGCUACGAUGAUAUUCAGCAUAAAAAUGACUACUACAAAUUAGUGACAUCACUGAGGCUUGAGACAUACAUUGAACACAUAUGAAGGAAAAACGGUUCUUAUGACAUUAGGCUUGGGUAACAAACUAUAUUCUCACUUCUUGUUGUCCCUUAGUACAUUGGAAAGGAAGACGAUGAUCCUUCCUUUAGAUACUUAAUAAUUUAGUGAUGUCUCUAAUUUUCUUGAAUUACCAGGCCACUGUCAAAUGGUUUACUCCUUUAUGCCUAAGAAACAGGCUCGGUACAUGUUUUUUUUUUUUUAAAUGCAUAUGAAAGAUAAAGGUUAUUUGUUCUUUUGCAUGUGUAUUAGAGGCACGUAGAUGUAGCAUUACUAAGCACAAGGGCUGGCAUGUUUGGGAAACCAUUGCAGAAAGUACCUGAACUCUGCUAGUGGGAAUCACUGGAUGAUGGCUGAAGCCAACACAAGAGAAUCUUUUAUAUAGGGUAUUUACUGUAUGAAUUAAUGUUUACACAGAGCAACGUGUUUUUUUCUUUAUAAAGUUGAUGUAAUGUCCUCUCCCCAUAUUAUGCCUUUAAUACUGGAUCCAAAACUUUUUCUCAAUGCUUCAACAUGUUUAUGACCAGCAACUAUUGUAAAUAAUGCAAAACGUCCUCGUGCAAUAGAUCUGGCCAUGAAGCUUCAUUACAAAUACUUUUUUUUCCGCUUCUAGAAGCAAAUAGAAGUUAUGGAAUGAAGCUGUAUAAGUCAGCUGUUCUAGCUGUAUGUUAGCUGAUGUCGGUAUAUGUUCAGGAAGUACUUGGAACUAUACAAUAAUCAGAGAUUAUGUGUUUUAAAGCAUAGUGCCAAUAUUUGCAAACCAUUCAACCAGGUAAAAUAUUAAUAUUCAUUUAAAACAGCCUAACUUGUAUGUCUGUUUUUUUUGCCUUUUUUAAAUGUAUAAUAUCUCAUGGGUCUAAUUAGGCAUCAUAAGAAUAUAAGAGAAAAAAAAAUCCCCCCUAAAAGUUUUGAAGAGUUAUGGAAGAUGGAAAAAGUGUGAUUAAUGAUGAAGCUCACUUUUACAGAUGGGGUGCAUGGAUUGAGGGGUGGGAUUUCCAAUGGCACUAGGAGAAUGCUUUUAUAUUGAACAAGAGUGUUCAUUCCAAAUGAUACUGGAAUUUCUUGAACAGUGGAGAAAAAUCAUUAUCAUAAGAGCAUGAAAUCAACUGUUUUAUGUAUUUUUCUUUUGUGUUUUUUUUUUUUUUUUGCCCAUGACCUAGAAGUAAGUUGAGCAAAGUAACAGGUGGAAAUGGUACUUGGAAAUUGUGAAGUCACCGCUGGUUAUGCUGUAAGUAACAGGCAUUUAUGACAGACAGAAGAGAAUCCAGAAGGAUGUUUAACUAUUGGGUGCUUAAAGUAAAGGAGGCUGGCAAUAGAAGUACAAAUAUGUGUACGCCGUUCAAACUACUGAUUUAACUUAUUGUAGCCUAUGAUGGAGUUUUACAUAUGAAUAGAUUUUGAUUAAAGGAUAAGCAGGCUAUCUUAUAUUGCUGCCUGAGUGUUCACAGAAUGUAUAAUGAGUGAUAAUUAGAAUGUAGUAUAUUUACUGGAAUGCAAAUGAUUUGUGUGGCCUUCACUGCGAUAUUUUCCUAGGGUACUUUUUUUUUUUUUUUUGUUUGUUUGUUUUAAAUUUUGCAUGGUCACUCAAUAGUUGUAUAGAAAAGGUUCAUGUUUUUAACUUUUCCUUUAUUUUAUUUCCCCAGUUCAGUGUGCACCUAAUAAUCACACCCACAAUGGAGGCAGUCAUUUUGCAAGAUGAAUUGAUAUUCAAUGAAUGCCCUAAUAAUUAAAGGAGCUACUGGUAAAAGACCAGCUAUAAGGUGGAAACACGUGGAGGAAUCUGAUCAAUUAGCAUAUAAUCAUCAGACUCUGCAGAACUGUUUUCACCUUUUAUAAACAUCUACUCAGUGAGAGGGCUUUCCAAUAUGUCCUAGGAUACAAUAAUCAUGAAUGGCAGUUUAUCUUUAUACAGGUGUACUUUUUCUCGAUACGAUGUGUGAAACCUUAAAGGUCCAACGUUCUGACCGCUAGUCCCCCCAAGGUCUGUCAGCACAAUAACUGGCGCUUUAUACCUGUAAGGAAUAUUUCUUGAUAAUGCUGGCAUCAGUUUUAACCACGUGAUAAUCUUUAUCUGUGUAUGGUGGGCUUUGUCAGAAAAACCUCUUAGGGGACCAGGAGAUCUACAAGUAGUGAUAAUGGUCAUCAAUUGCAUUUUGUCAUUCUGACUUUCGUAAUGCUAGACAGGUCUACAGUGAAUGGGCUUGUUCUUGUGGUGAAUGGAACCAACUUAUGACUAUAGAAAGGCAACUAUGGGAAUGCUAAAAUGAGGAUACCAGGACUGUUCAGGUGUUCAUACAUUUAACAAGUAUAGUAGGAGGCAAAGAAAUUCAAGUCUUUUACAAAAAAUUGCCUGUAAGAAUUGUUUGAAGCAUCAAACCACAGGGAGACUCAUCACCUCCACUCUGCUUACCAGAUACAUUAGGAUAUGCUACAAGGGGAAAGGUUUUCUUCAGAUAGCUGUGCCAUUUUUGAGUGAAGACUGUCCUAUUCCUCUCAUGGCCUGACAGUAUUCAUCUUCACAUUUGGCAGCAUAACAAUUGUUUAUGCCGAGCAGCCAAUUUUUGUAAUUCAUUUCUAUCCUGUACUCUGGGAAAAAUUUCUUUAAUAGCGAUUACUUAAGAGUCUUAUAAAGCUUUAUCAACAUCUGGGGCCCUCAACGGAUACUCAGUUGGAUCCUUUAUACUGCCCAACUGCUAGAAAAAAAUUAAGUUGGAUGUGGCCAGUCUAACUGAAAAUACAACCUGUAAGUUAUCAAGGACUGCAUAGAUUAAACUGCCUCUAUGUCACUAUGCUUCACAGGAGGGUACCCAUGAAUAUUACUUCAUCGACAAAAUGGCUGCAACCACUGUGCCUUGGCAACAGAUGCACUCCUAUUGUAGAUAGACCUUGUAAAUACAGGCAGCAUCAGGCUGCUUCAUUCAAGUGGGUUCAUUGUAAUAUACAGAACAGCACCCUAUGGUGCUUGAACAGGCCUUUGACUUAUGAACCAAAAAUAUCAUCUGAAAAUCUCAAGGUUACAAACCAAUGUUUUUAACUUUAGAAUACUAUACUGGACCACUUGAAGACCAUAAAAACAAACACACUAAAGAAUUUGAAGAUGUCCAUUGGUAUUGUAACAAAACUACUAUUGUAUGGAACAUUUUGUAUUGCUGUUAAGUAUUGUUUUGUGUGUGUGUGUUGGAACUUACAUGGGUCAUCUGUUUUGAAGUGGUUAUUACUGUGUGUCUAUAUUUUGGAAUGGAAUAAUUUCUUCAUUAAAAUAAGUUUUUAAAAACA